CUGCGAUACUGCAGGAAACAAAUCCGUGUUCCAGUGGGUGACCAGGAUUUUGCAUUGUUUUCUAACAAUGCGGUGACGAUAACAAAAGGUUGUGAAACUACAUCUUUUAUCAUGCCUUUUUUGGAAUUUGUAGCUGGAUGCCUUUCAGGUAAUAGAAAUGUUUUUAAAACAUGAGAGUUUAUUUAAUACUCUGAGUCUACAUAUUUUUGCUGUUCAUGUGGAGAAAUCCUUUCUCUUUGUGUCUGCAGGUGCAUUAGGAUUGGCAGUCGGACAUCCUCUAGACACAGUGAAGGUACGUUUGCAGGCCCAGUCUGUGUAUAAAGGAAUAUUUGAUUGUGUGGCUAAAACGUACUCUCAUGAAGGGCUCCAUGGAUUCUUUAAAGGCAUGGCAUUUCCGGUGCUGACAACAGGCAUUACAAACUCUGUUGUUUUUGGCUCUUACAGUAAUGCCUUAGAUUACCUCACUCAGUCUCAGCGCUCUGACCGCAGUCAAGGAGUGCCGGCCUCCAUGGCUCAGGUCUUCACUGCUGGAUGCUUCUCAGGCCUGAUGCAGGUAUUUGUCCAGGCACCCAUCGACCUGGUGAAAGUGCGUCUACAAAGUCAGUCAACAGUUGCCCGAUACCGUGGGCCUGUUCACUGUGUAGCUGUCAUUCUGAAGGAGGAGGGUCCCAGGGGUCUGUUCAGAGGAGCAGUGGCUCUCGCUCUAAGAGACGUCCCCUGCUAUGGACUUUAUUUUUUGCCUUAUGAAGUUACUCGAAAGGCUCUGACUGAGGACGGCAAACAGCCAGGUACUUUUGCAAUAUUGAUGGCUGGUGGGAUUGCAGGUGUGGUGACCUGGGGCUUCGCCAACCCCAUGGACGUGGUCAAAGCUCGGCUCCAGCUGUCAGGGACUGGAGGUAGGGAGUACAGCGGGGUAAUUCACUGCAUCAGAGUCAGCGUCAGAGAAGAGGGACUGAGGGUCUUUUUCAAAGGCCUCCUUCUAAACAGCCUGAGGGCCUUUCCUGUCAAUGCUGUCACUUUCCUCAGCUACGAGAGUCUGAUGAGACUUUUCUAUAAACAGACGAGAUGACAUCACUGUGAUCGUGAGUGGGUCAUCCA